CAGAAAGAAGAGAGGAGAAAGGAGAGAGGAGAAAGGAGAGAGGAGAAAGAAGAGAGGAGAAAGGAGAAAGAAGAGAGGAGAAAGGAGAGAGGAGAAAGGAGAGAGGAGAAGAAGAGAGGAGAAAGGAGAGAGGAGAAAGAAGAGAGAGGAGAAAGGAGAGAGGAGAAAGAAGAGAGUGGAGAAAGGAGAGAGGAGAAAGAAGAGAGGAGAGAGGAGAAGAAGAGAGGAGAAAGGAGAGAGGAGAAAGGAGAGAGGAGAAAGGAGAGAGGAGAAAGAAGAGAGGAGAAAGGAGAGAGGAGAAAGAAGAGAGGAGAAAGGAGAGAGGAGAGAGGAGAAGAAGAGAGGAGAAAGGAGAGAGGAGAAAGGAGAGAGGAGAGAGAGAGAAGAAGAGAGGAGAAAGAAGAGAGGAGAAAGGAGAGAGGAGAAAGGAGAGAGGAGAAAGAAGAGAGGAGAAAGGAGAGAGGAGAGAGGAGAAGAAGAGAGGAGAAAGGAGAGAGGAGAGAGGAGAAGAAGAGAGGAGAAAGAAGAGAGGAGAAAGGAGAGAGGAGAAGAGAGAGAGGGAGAAAGAAGAGAGGAGAAAGGAGAGAGGAGAGAGGAGAAGAAGAGAGGAGAAAGGAGAGAGGAGAAAGGAGAGAGGAGAAAGGAGAGAGGAGAAAGGAGAGAGGAGAAAGGAGAGAGGAGAAAAGAAGAGAGGAGAAAGGAGAGAGGAGAAAGAAGAGAGGAGAAAGGAGAGAGGAGAGAGGAGAAGAAGAGAGGAGAAAGGAGAGAGGAGAAAGGAGAGAGGAGAAAGAAGAGAGGAGAAAGGAGAGAGGAGAAAGGAGAGAGGAGAAGAAGAGAGGAGAGAGGAGAAAGGAGAGAGGAGAAAGAAGAGAGGAGAAAGGAGAGAAGAGAAAGAAGAGAGGAGAAAGGAGAGAGGAGAAAGAAGAGAGAGGAGAAAGGAGAGAGGAGAAAGAAGAGAGAGGAGAAAGGAGAGAGGAGAAAGAAGAGAGGAGAAGAAGAGAGGAGAAAGGAGAGAGGAGAAAGAGAGGAGAAGAGAAAGAAGAGGAGAAAGGAGAGAGGAGAAAGAAGAGAGAGGAAGAAAGGAGAGAGGAGAAAGAGAGAGAGGAGAAAGGAGAGAGGAGAAAGAGAGAGGAGAAAGAAGAGAGGAGAAAGGAGAGGAGGAAAGAAGAGAGAGGAGAAAGGAGAGAGGAGAAAGAAGAGAGGAGAAAGAAGAGAGAGAAGAAGAGAGAGGAGAAAGGAGAGAAGAGAAAGAGAGAGGAGAAGAAGAAAGGAGAGAGGAGAAGAAGAGAGGAGAAAGGAGAGAGGAGAAAGGUGAGAGGAGAAAGGUGAGAGGCGAAAGAAGAGAGGAGAAAAGAGAGGAGAAAGAAGAGAGAGGAGAGAGAGGAGAGAGGAGAAAGGAGAGAGGAGGAAGAAGAGAGGAGGAAGGAGAGAGGAGAAGAAGAGAGGAGAAAGGAGAGAGGAGAAGAGAGAGGAGAAAGGAGAGAGGAGAAAGAAGAGAGGAGAAAGGAGAGAGGAGAAGAAGAGAGGAGAAAGGAAGAGAGGAGA